UGAAACUAUUAAUAUUGCUGCUGAAAAAACUACUUUUGAACUAAAUUGCAAAGCUCGCAAUAUUCUUUUGAGUGGGAUUUCUCGUUCGGAUUAUGAUCGUAUUGCUCAUCUUCAAACUGCUCAUGAGAUUUGGGUUGCUUUGAAUAAUUUUUAUGAAGGUACUAAUAACAUUAAAGAACUUCGUCGUGAUUUUUUUAAAAAGAAGUACAUUAAAUUUGAGAUGAAAUCUGGAGAAGCUUUGAAUAACUGUCUUCUCCCAUGGAGAGACGUGUAGGUUCGUUUACUAUAUUGUCCCGAGGCGUCCAGACCUAGAAAGAAAUCCAUCCCCAUCGCCUUCUCUCGCCCUUCCGCCGCCAUCUUGCUCGCCUUCGUCCUCCGGCCGGCCACUGGGGAGCUACGCCUACGCCCUGCCCCUUCCAACCGAGUGCCCCAGAACUUGUGAUACCAUCUUAUCCUGCAGCAGAGCAGGCCGGACGCUCCCUGGAUUGACUGCAAAGCAGAUCGAAUCGUUUGUGGAUCGACGAUGAGCCUCUCGCGACGCUUUCUGAAUGUGAUUAUGGACAGCCGCAUCCUUGGGUUGAGGUCGCUGCGCCGCAUCGACCUAGCGCGCCAGAAAUUCUUUAACCCAGGACCACCACUAAACGGAAAAGGAUCGGUGGCCAAUGCCGACUGUGAGGCGUCAAAGAUGCCGAGGAUUCAUCUUCCCGACCCGAUCAUCACGUUCCGAGCUUCACCCAAGGACGACGACCAGAGGAGGAGCAUCCAAUACCUCCCACUCACGGAGAGCAAGAUGCUCUGCGCGGACCAGUCUGGGCGCACCUUCCUCUUCGACGCCGAGACGCACCACGUGGUGACCAUGCCCAGCCUCCACAAACCCAAGGAAAAACCCCUCUCCCUCUUCAUCCCGAGCGCAGUCAGUCAAAACAUGGACGAGGAGGAGUAUGAUGAAGACUAUGUUGGCACCCUCUUUGUCAUGGAGAGCAGUCCCAAUAUGGAGCUGCGCUACAAAGACCAGACGAGUGACCAGUUUGAGGCGUACACCUAUGGCCAGCAGCACAAGAAGACAUCCUUCAAGUACUGGAAGUGCCAACUGCUGCCGCCGCCGCCUUACCUACGUGACCCCAUGCAGAUGAAGGUCCGCUCCGAGAUCAUGUCCUACGCAGUGGUCGGUGGUGGCACCUAAAUCUUGAUAUCAAUGGAGGACGUUGGCACCUACUGCAUGGACAUUGCGACCCACACUUGGAGCCCGGUUGGCAAGUGGAUGCUACCCUUGUAUGGCAAGAUUGAGUAUGUGCCGGAACUCAAUCUCUGGUUUGGAUUCUCUGACAAGAACCACCUAUCUGCUGCUGAUCUCUCCAACCUGGACUCCAAACCACAGCUAGUUGGCACUUGGAAGGAGUUUGACCCGCUGGAGGACUGGGAUCUACUGCAGGGGCCUCAGCUUGUCAACAUAGGCUCGGGCAAGUUCUGCAUUGCAAGGUUCUUCAAUACUACGAGAAUUAGCUACUACGGCGAUGAUUUCAUUGACCAGACAUUUGCUAUCAUAACCGGUGUGGAGGUGGUGCCACGUACCUACCAGGGCAAUGGGAAUGGCAGUGCCAACGGUGGCAAAGACAACAGAAUUGCAAGCAGCAAUUGCAAUGGCAGUGCAAGCAACAGUUGCAAUGGCCAUGGUAAUGGCAAUGGCAACGGCAAUGGUGGCAAAAAGAAACUCCGAAUGAUCAAGCACAAGUCGAAAUGUCACACCACUACUGACGGCACUUUCAUUGAGUCAGUGUUCUAAUAUAUUUUGAGACUUGCUUUGCUUCCAAGAAGAUUCCCUUAGUCCACUUUUCAUUAGUAUCUUAAUAGACUAUAAGAGGUAUGCUUGUAUUAUUAAUGUCACAAGUUUGGACUUUUGUUUUAUCCAUUGUGCAUCCUACUAUCUAUUAGUAACCCUACAAUCUCUGGAUGAAGUCUAGU